UCACGAUGAAUAUCGCAGAUAUUGAAAAAGUUGCUAAUCGGAAACGGAUUAACGCUGAAGCAGAAAAGUUACGCGAGAAAGUUAACAAGGAGACUGCUAAUAUUAUUAAACUUAAGGUUGCUCAAGAUACAGCAUACUGGGAUUUGAAAGAAAAACUUCAUCAACUCGAGAACAACCAUGAGCGCCUCCAGCAGAACAUGGUUGAGGUGCAAAUGCAGCACGAAGCAAUAUCAGGUCAAUACCAAGACGAACUUAGAUUGCGACCUGAAACAUUAAACAAGUUGAGUAGUACUCGUGAGAUUUGCAACAUUCUAGAAGAAUACAGCGAGCGGCUUAAAGCAAGUGUGUCUCGUUGCAAGACUGACCAAGCAACUUUAGCUGAAGCAUACAACAAAUCCGGUCAGAUUGUUAGAGAAAUUAAAGACAAACAAACCCAGUCUGAAGAGAAAAACAUGCAAAUUAUCAAGAGUUUACAAGAAAAAGUUAAACUUCUUGCUGACCACAAAGAUCAAAUGUCACAAGUAUUUAAUUCAUCGAAACAGCAACUAGAGUCAGGGUUGAAUGACGCUCGAACUAAACUUGCCACUGCUCUUAGCCAAAAAGACGAGCUGUUCGUAGCGUUGAAUGACUUGAGCAGAAAACUGGAUCAUACUAAACGUGAACUGGAGAAGAAAGAUGAUAAUAUUGCUAGCUUGCAAUCAGACAUGAAAAAGUGCAUUCUUGAAUACGAUAAUCACAUCACGGACAUGAAAAAUGCUAACUAUCAACAAGAAAAAGUCCUGAAAGAAUGUACCUCGGCCAACGAAUCUCUUAAGAUAGCGCUCCACAACCAGGAACAAUUUACUCAGUCGAUUUGUGAUCAAAAUAAUAAGCUACAAGAGAAAAUUUCAUCAUUAGAAGAGGAACAAAUAGCCACCUGUGAAAAAAAUGAAGAUUUGGAAUCGAAACUUAAGGAAACUAAUUUGGAGUGCGGCAAACUGACGAAUAGUAUUGAAGUUCUUAACAAGAAGACAGAAGAAUUAAAAAAUGAGAUAAAUGACAAAAAAAUGCUUCUAGAUCAAUCGUUGGUUGAGCAACAAACCUUGAAGCAUCAAGUUUUAGAUCUGGAAAAGCAGAAAUCUGAGAUUGCCAUUGAACUAAAUAAUGCUAUCCAAGAAAUGGAAUUAAGAUCCGUCAAAAUCGAGGAACUGACUUCAACCAUCCAGGAGUUACAAACAAAGAUUUCUGAAAUGGAAACUACCUUGGAGAACAAUAAAGCGGAUAGUGCGACUAAAAUCGAAGAGAUUAGUGUCAUAUUGGAAACCAAAAUAAAACUAAUUGAAGAGAAAGACAAAGAGCUGGAUAGCAAAGCAUCCACUAUCAACCAGCUCAUGUCCGAUCUCAAGAAUGGUACCAACGCUAGAACUAAACUAGAAAACAAUAUCGAGAAAAUGAAGAAGGACAUGGAAACUGAUAAAAAUAUUGCAAAAGAUAAGGAAAAUACCUUAUCGAAGAAAAUAGAACAAAUGGAGAACACGGCUAAAGAAAGAGAAAUCGAGCUAUCGAAACAAAUGUCCAUAAUUUUGGAGACCCGUAAGGAAAAGGAUCGUCUGCAAGAAAGGUUGAACAGCAUGCAGAAUACAAUAGAUAAUAUCGAAAAAGAAGUAACAGGGCGCUCUGCCUCGCAGUCGACAUGCGAGCAAGCUGAAUUAGAUGAUAAUGCGGGAAUGAUCAAGCCAGCAGCACCGCCAAUUAAGAGAGUUGGCAUCCCUGCUCUAAAGAAAGCCCAGAAGUCAUCAGGACACACAGUAGCGAAAGAACAAUCCAAGAAAAUAGACAGUUUACUUUAUAAUUUUUUUAGCGACAGCGACAUGGAAAACGACUUAAUGGCUGACCCAGCUCAAAUAAAUCGUCAUUUUGACGCAAUUACCCGUGGUGAAAGGGUCUCACCUUUAAGCUUUAAACGACGUGCUCCUGGGUUAGAAGUCUCAGGACCUCUUGAUGAAAACAUAUCACUGUCUCAAUUGAAAAGAGCAAAGAACAAGCGCUCCUUGUUCAAAUCCAAGCGGCCAGACAAUAAACCCAAGAUAUUGUAGCCUGACGAAAAAUUCCAUACUUUUACCCAAUUUUGAAUUAAGUACUCAACGUUGUAUAAGCUGGAUUAGUUGAAAUCCUAUUUAAUACUCUGUUUUUAAAUAAUAUUGUACCAUCUGAAUAAUUUAGUCAAGUAAAUGACUUAACUCCACUCAAUUUAAACUUAGACCAAAAUUGCGGAACCCCUGAACAUUUGGUUGGUCGGUUGAUUUGUAAUGUUGUACCUACUUAGUACUUAACUUACCAAGUACUUACCUUGCAUACCUAUUGAUUCAU